AUGGUAUCCCAAAGCGCUCUUCUUGCGGCUGUUCUGUCGCUCGGUGGGCUGGAGUUGGUUGCUGCUACCCAACCUAAUGCUCGCUACGAUCACAAGCAGGUCAAACGCCAGUUCGGCUCUUUCCUAAAUGGCCAAGACUCGGACCCAAAGAAUUGGUUGGGUUCGAUCUUUAAUCAAAAUCAAGGACAAGAGCCUGAGGGUACAACUACCACCACGACCACCUCGGCUAAGGCUCCCGAGGAGCCAGAUGUGGUGGUUGUGCCAAUUACUCUCUCAGUUGAUGAUAACGGCAAGACGCACACUAUUACUGGCACUGCCAGUACCGGCGUUGCGACAGGCGCUUCUUCUACCACUACCUCAGAGGCUACAGUAGCGGCUGUUACAGCCACAACUACUGCGGACUCCAAACCUGCUGAGACUAGCACCACCACCUUGUCGUCGACGACAACAGAAGGCCCACUGGAAGAUUUAUGGAAUGGCCUUGUCGGUUCAACUACCGAGUCUGACAGCUCGAGCACAACUAAGACAGGUAGCUCAGAAACCGCUAAUGAUGCUGUCGACACGAAGUCCGUUGACACCAAGUCUUCUGACACCACCGACACCGCUACAUCUACAUCGACCACCACGUCAGAUGGCCUGCUUGGUGGACUUGGUUCAAUUUUGAACCCGGACAAUGAUUCUUCGUCUUCCACUUCGACCUCGACCUCGACCAGCACCGGAACUACUGCUGACACCGCGUCUAAGCCAACCAGCACGUCCGAGAACUUGCUUGAUCUUGGUUUGACUCUGGGAGGUGAUUCUUCGACCUCAUCUACGACUGGCACUGAAAAAAGUACUGGAACCACCACUCAGACGUCGCCUACAGCGACCUCUACCUCGUCCGAACCCCUAAUUGAUCUUAAUUUGGGUCUCGGUGGCGAUUCUUCGUCGUCUACUACGAGCACAACCACUGGUGCGACAUCUACUACAACCGGUACCUCGGGUAACUUGUUCGCUGGCCUUGAUGGCACAUCCUCUUCUUCGACUUCAAACACCCCCGGUCCGACAUCUACCAGCACGUUUGGCCUUCUUGAUGGUCUUUUCCCUGGCCAGUCUUCGACUUCCACUGGCGCUACGCCCACAUCUUCAAGCACUUCGGGCGGUUUGCUCGAUCUGCCGACAAUCCCCAUCAGCGUCCCCGAGUCGACACAGUCAUCUUCAAGCUCAAUCAACAUCGUGCCUACUUCUGGAAUCUUGCCUUUGCCUUCUGAUGUGACAAGCGCCCUUUUCCCCUCAUCUGGAAGCUUGACAACUUCGGUCCCAGUCAUCCCGCCAGCACAGACGUCUAGUUCUAGCAACUCGGCAAUUCCUACUUCGUCCUCGGAAGGAGGCUUGAUUACUUCGAGUUCCACUGCGUCUCACCAGCCCACCUCUACCACUGUUCCUACGUCUACACCUACUCCAAUUAUUAGCACGGAGAAGCCCACAACUACGGAACCGCCCACAACCACGCAGACUCCGUCAACCACCGACCAGGUCUCGGAAAAUACCGACUGGGUGGAGACUAGCAUUAUCAUGGAGCCUACUCAGACUGAACAGGAAACAGCAACCGAGACGACUACCAGCACUUCCACUCCCCAGCUUCCUGGAUCCAUCGCCCCCGCUGGAGGCCCUCCUAACCCGCCUGUGGACUCGACUUUGAUCCAAGUGGGCUUCACCAGAGAGCUUCGCUAUUCAUUCGUUGCAACCAACCCGAUGUCUGUGUCUCAAAUUUUCCUUUACGUUCCUCAAGGCCUGGCAUACGCCCUUGAGGGGUCAACCAACGACGUCCCUAUGUUCGGUAUCUCUCAGUACGACAACGAAGCAGUUACUGGAUACAUUGCAACUGUUGCUCAGGCGUACGUUCCGACAAGUGAUGUGGAAAAAUUGCGGAAGCUGCUGCACAACCCCAACUCCCGACUUUAUGACCAACCUAAUGACUCUGUUGAGACAUUGAUGACCAUGAUCGACCCCUCCAUCCCACUUGUUGUUGGCGACUAUGAUGGCACCGGCAGCUCCCUGUCCAAUGGCAACGGCGAUGACUCUGGCAGCAGCAACAAUGACGGCGAUAGCUCAAACAACGGCGGCUACGACGACUCGACUGCUGGCGCUAGCAGCAGUGGUAAAGCCAAGCCAAGCUCUGUCGGUAUUGGCGUUGGUGUCGUGGCUGGUGCUGCCGCAUAUGGUGCCGGAAUGUUCUGGGUCGCCCGCCGCUACCGCAAGAAGCGUCAGCUUCACCGUCGCACGAGCUCAACAGUCGAUCAGAUGAGCGAGGGUGGUGGAUCUCUGUUCACUGGCGGUGGUCGCAUGUCUCGUGGCAGUCAAAACAGCCGUGGCACCCAACGCACGCAAAUGAUUAGCGCUCCCGUCAUGGCCGAAAACUCGUUGGGAUGGAACUAA